GUAACUUAAGGUAAACAUGUAAGUUGUCAGUUGUGAACUACAUUCCACCGUGGCGGGUUAUGUUAGCAAUACUUCCGAAUAAGUUUACUGUUAUCGAAAUACUGUAAUAAAUUAUCAAAGUGAGAAUAAUGAUGUUGUGCGUGAUCAGUUAUACUGUGUGUUUAUAAUUCUCAAAUAAGUGUACAGUGAUUUUUGUGAUGUAGCAAAGAAGCAAGAGUAACGGUAUUGUUUAGUGUCGUGAACUUUUGUGAAUUCGACGUUACAUGGUACACCUAUGUGGAAGCCAGUUUGUGAAUAAGAAGAACAGGAUGCCAUACUUAUUUUAGAAAUAAAAUCAACGGUUUGCUAAGAUGGAGCUUCGGUGGCGUGUUUUAGCGCUAUGGAUUAUACAUUUUACAAUAGUGUCCUGCAACAAAUUGCCAGUGUUCACGCAGGACAUGAACAACCUAGCGCUGUCGGAGACCACGCCCACCGGCUCCGUAGUCUACACGCUGCAAGGAAUGGACCCGGAUGGGUUGCCGAUAAAAUACAAUCUGGUGGGAACUGACAAGUUUACGGUAAACCCGAGUACCGGUGAAGUAACCCUAAACCGCCCGUUAGAUAGAGAGACUGAAGAUACAAUUAAGUUUUUAGUGUCAAUAGAAAGCCAAAACGAAGAUCCGGCGAAGAAUUUGGCUCAGCUACAGCCGGUGACUGUGAUAGUCCUCGAUGAAAACGAUAAUCCGCCUACUUUUAAAAAUAGUCCAUAUGAGGUAGAUGUUCCUGAAGACGAGGCGAUUGGUACAACCAUUCUGACCAACAUCCAAGUUGAAGAUAAAGAUUCUGUAGGAGACAGCCUCGAAGUUGGAUGUUUGAGUGAACAAUGGCCCGAAGCCUGUGAAGCUUUCGAGGUGGUUGCCCUGAACUCGUCUGCCAACCAUUACACUGGAGCUUUGGUGCUGAAGAAAGCUCUGAACUACAACGACAAGCAGUUCUAUCAGUUCCAACUAUACGCCACCGAUGGCACCCUAAACUCUACGGCCCACGUGGAAGUCAAAGUAGUGGACGUGCAGAACUCCCCACCUGUAUUCAGUGGGGCCCUUAGCGGGGCGUUGUCUGAAGACGCCCCAGUGGGGACUCUGGCGCUCACUGUGAAGGCAAGAGAUGCUGAUCGGGCCCAACCUAGAGAUGUCAUGUUGGAACUUGUUACUAAUCCUUUGGACUUCUUCGUCCUAGAUAGUUCUACGGGAGAGCUGAGGACCGCCAAGCCUUUGGACAGAGAAGCUUUAGCUGAUCCUUCAUCACCACUCAAUCUGACUGUCAGGGCAACUGAGAUAGUAAACGGUUCUCCCCUCUACUCCGACCUGACAUCCACCACUGCUACCAUCACCGUUACCAUCAAAGAUGUCAACGAUGAACCUCCUCGCUUCAACCGGAGGGAAUAUAGCGUGGAAAUACCAGAGAGCCUUCCUGUGGGGACACCACUGCCUAACUUGGAUAUGGUGGUCACUGAUACGGACUUGGGUCUGAACUCAGUGUUCACUCUCCGCCUGUCAGAUGAAUUCGGAGCGUUCAUAGUGGAGCCUUCCACAGCCACCGGCAGCGCGUCCGUGACCCUCAGGCUUAACUCCAGUUUAGACUACGAGGAUCCAAACCAGAGGAAGUUUAUUUUGGAGGUCAUAGCAGAAGAACUCCACACCUCGCCCCGCCUCUCCUCAAAAGCGAGUGUCACCGUGUCCCUGACAGAUGUCAAUGACAAUGCGCCUCAGUUUGCUGACGAACCGUAUUCUGCCACUGUUCCUGAGGCCGCCCCAGCUGGUACUAAAGUGGCCAUUGUGAGGGCAACUGAUAGAGACACUGGAAGGUUUGGCACAGAAGGCAUAGUGUACCAGCUAUCAGGCAACGGCGCUGAACUAUUCAGAGUGGACAACAGAACCGGGCUCAUUACUGUGGCGCCCUGUCCCACGCCUGGGCAAACCCCGUGCCUGGACUUUGAGACUAGGAAGGACUACUUCUUGCAGUAUAAGGCAACCGACGACGACGGUUCAGGCCAGAACACAGUCGUGUCGCUACAGAUUUCCCUGACAGACUCCAACGACAAUCCGCCUGUAUUCUCCACGCCGGUCUACAAGGCCUCCAUAGACGAAGACGCGGUCAAGUUCGAGCCGGAAUUGCAGGUCCAAGCCCGCGACCUGGACGCAUCAUCAGAACUCCGUUACUCUAUCAUUGAGCCAGCCACCCAUCCGUUCUGGAUCGACCAGUUGUCUGGUCGUAUUGCCGUGCGACCAGAGGCAGUCGUCUCGCAGAGUGGCGACGAUAAUAAGAUCUACUUGACUAUACUGUUGUCUGGUCGUAUUGCCGUGCGACCAGAGGCAGUUGUAUCGCAGAGUGGCGACGAUAACAAGAUCUACUUGACCAUACUGCUAUCGGGUCGCAUUGCCGUGCGACAAGAGGCAGUCGUCUCGCAAAGUGGGGAUGACAACAAGAUCUACUUGACCAUACUG